AUGUGCGGUAUUAACAAUAAAAUAAUGUUAAACAUGGUGAUGCAUGUUUUAAUUGGUGUUUUAUUUGCCUGCACUGUAACUGGGCUUCCAGUGAAAGAAGUAUUUUCUGACGAUAUUUUUACUUCAUUGGAUUAUGCAUUAUUUGAAAAUGAAGUAGCGUAUGUAUACGAUGACAACAAGAACUUGGUGAAGCUGGCGUUGGAAGACGACUACGUAAACGUUCAGCAAAAUGCAUAUAAUGAUAGCGAUUUGUCAAAAAGUAUCCUCUUUUAUCUAUACAAAAGAGACAAUCUCAUCAAAUCGAAGCAGCUCUAUGUCGACGAUGAAGAUGCUCUUAAGAACAGCAAUUUCGACCCUACAAAACCAACGCGUAUUAUAACUCAUGGAUGGAAGAGUUCGGGCAGCAGCGAAUCGUGCAUUUUAAUUCGUGAUGCUUAUCUUCAGAUUAGCGAUUACAACAUUAUUAUUAUCGACUGGAGUGCAAUAAGUAACAUGUCCUAUAUUUCGGCUAGCAGGAGUGUCACAGUAAUUGGUCAAUAUGUCGCCACUAUGAUUGAUUUUCUUGUAAAAAAUGGAAUGAAUUCGUGGGAAACCAAAGUGAUCGGUCACUCUCUUGGUGCCCAUAUAGCUGGAAUCGCUGCUUACAACGCUAGCAGCGAUAUCGGUUAUGUCGUGGGACUAGAUCCAGCUUUGCCUGGUUUUAGGUCGUCAGAAUCAGGAUCCAGGAUAUCGAAAAACGAUGCGAGUUAUGUGGAGAUCAUCCAUACUAAUGGUGGUUGGCUUGGCUACUUCACAGCUAUCGGAGAUAUUGACUUUUAUCCUAACGGCGGUCAAAAGCAAGUCGGCUGUGGGGUAGAUCUUGGAGGCUCGUGUUCUCACAGUCGCUCGUAUCAGUACUUCGCCGAGUCUAUCACUAGUCACGUAGGGUUCCUCGGGAGAAGUUGCGACAGCUUCUCUAAAUUUAAAUCGGGUUUAUGUAACAACACACACGCAUCUAUCAUGGGUGGUCACAAGUCGCUCUUCAGACCAAGCGGUACCUACUACCUCAUAACUAAUCCGUCGUCUCCGUUCGCGAUCAAACCGUUCGCGAUGUGACGCUGAUGAUCGUCGCUCUAGAAGGAUCGGCCCGAUUGACGAUCAGCCGUCAGCGAGGAUUCUGGAUUUGGAAAUUCAUUGCGGAACAGGAAGGAGAAAUCCG